ACGCUGCUGCUGUUGCUGGUAUUGGUUGGCGAUAAAUUACAUUGCUUGACACUCAAGCUCGCCUGCUACUCCUUGUGCUGUUUGGGCCGGGCGUUGGCUGUGCUCCAUCGGGCACUUGAUAAAUGCAGGAUCUGACCAUGACCACCUGCUGCUGCACGGAAGCCCUGCUCGGCAGCGACGUUUCAGCUUCACCUUAGCGAUUCACCAGAUCUCUCGGCGCGGCCCCGCGGCCCCACAAUGCAUGCCGGCAGUGGCGAUGAUAAAGGCGUAGACUCUGUAGACGAUGUGGAAGGCAGGGGGCUGGAUGCUGCCUUCGGCCCGGGUGGGUGCCAUCAUCCCCGCCCCCAGGACCCGCCGCCCCCAUGCGCACUUGCAGCGUGGCUACAGAAGGCCCACUGCCGUUGACGGUUACCGCAUGCGAGCUAGGAGACAGCACUCAUUGUGGCUACUCAUGGGCAACGGCAAACGGUACACGUUUCUAGGCGCCCGCUGCGUCUGGGUCAGGGACGGUACUGUCAAGGCAGGUCAAGGGCAGACUGCGCCAACGCCUCAUGCUGCUAUAGACGUCCUCGGUGGGUUCAGCCGUACUAUAGACCGUAGGUCUGCGGGUGCAUCUACAUAUGAAUGCCAUCUUCGUGCUGCCUGCAGUGUAAAUCUGUUCGGCUGUGUUGUGCGGUCCCGCCCAUUUCGCGACUCUGGCUCUUGUUCUAAACGUCUGGGGUCGUCUCCAGACGUUUGUGACUUUGGGUAUCAGGCCAAAGGGUUGGGACGCUGUGCCGUUUGCGCAUCCUUUCAUAUCUCGGGCUGUUGGUGACGGCAUGGUUUUGCGCUUGCCGUAUGACGCUGAUUCCCCGCCUCCCUCGCCGUGAGAGGUUGUGCGUGGUUGGUGGCUUUGUGUGUGGGCAGGAUGCACGUGUGGGCGACCGUUCUAGUACCUGGACGCUUGCGCCCUGGUUAGUGCGUGCGCUGUGCGUGUGUCCUGCGGCCUAGACGUUUCCCGGCACUCCUGUGCCUAGGCUUGUGACGUUGAGGCACAGCGGUGGGGCUCUGGCGGGUUGAGGCUUGGCUAGGACUCACUGCAGGGGGGGGGGGUAGUUUCAACUGGGAAAGGCCCCAUGUUCUAAAACGAAGGAGCUU